CUUGAACUCACCGUAGUUUGUUUAUAUGUAUAACUUUCUCCGACUUUCGAGGACGUGUUUUAUGCCACUUCUUUUUCUGUCUCAUUUUGUCCACCACACUUUCAACUUUGUGUAUGAGUGCACAAAGGUGGGAAUUGUGGGACGCACUGGAGCGGGAAAGUCGUCCCUAACGUUGGGGCUUUUCAGGAUGAUCGAGGCAGCUGAGGGACAAAUUUUCAUUAAUGGGGUGAACAUUUCUGAACUGGGCCUUCAUGAGCUGCGCUCCAGAAUCACCAUUAUACCACAGUCUUCGCACCCGAGAGGCCCGAGCUCCCGGGAGGAGGACUGAACUCAACUUGAGCAGAGAAAACUUGUCUUGGUGUGGCCCCGGCUACAGAGCGUCGUCGGCCUCAUCUCUCC